AUCCUAAUGUCGACAAGGUGAGGAAAAUGGAUCAAUCAGGCUUUGACGAUCCAUUUGCCCUUUGUCUUAACUAGACGAGAGGUCCACAACAAUGCAGCAGCGACUAUCAUGACUGUGCCUGAGAAGAUUCGGGCGCCGUCAUAUGUGGUCUUUGCAUGUUGAAUAAUGGCGCCAUUAAUGGGAGGGCCUGCCAAUGAAGUCCCGCUUAUUGCAAGGAACAUGCAUCCCAUCCGUCCGCCAAAGGAGCGCAGGUCUUCUGUCAUACUCGCAAUCGCCACGGGAGGCAAGCAUAUGACUGCACCGGAUGCAAAACCAUAGAUCACGAUCAGGGCUAUCAAAGGCCCAGGGCUAUCGACCGCCAACCAUGACAGGGCCGAAAUACCGCAAAUGAGGAGUGCUGGCGCCUGAGUGUUCAAUGGGCCAAGGUAAUCCGAGAUAAACGAGGGGAUAAGACGUCCCAUGAUACUGGCCGCAUUAAGUAUAGGCAGUAGAUACACCAAGGGAAGACCAGAGAUCUCUAGGCCGAUAGAGACGGCCCAUUCUUCGACAAAGGUGAAAAAAGUAUAAAGGCCGAGCAUGGAUACCGACAGCCCUGCUAGGUAAAUGGCAAAUUCGGGCUGGGUAAGGGCCGAGUAUUCGAUAAAGGCAUAUGAAUCCCAUGAUUCGCGUCGCCCAUCCAAACCCCACCACGCGGAUCAGGUGGCGGACCACAAUAGGCAGGAUGAUACCCGCAACAGAAGCGCCAGACGAGACGAUCCCAACUGCAAGUCCUCGUUUACGCUCAAACCACGUACUAGGAAGACCAACUGAGGGGACCAGCAAGCAGCUCGUGCCGAAACCCAGGCAGAUUCCUUGCGAGAGCAAGACCUGGUAAUAUUUAGUCGCGAGAGAUGUCAUCAUCACGCCAAAGACGAUGAGACAGGUCCCAGACACCAACAACUGCCGAUAGUAGCCCAUAUCAAAGUAUCUGCCCAUGAAGGCCGCACCGAACAGGAGCAGGAACGCCUGGAUCGAUCCAAUCCAUGCCACUGCAGAUGUCGACGAUGUGUCUUGAAGGCCUCCCUCUGAGGUAUAGUAUGUCUGGAAGGUUCCAAAGGAAAAGAUCAUGCCCCAGGUGUUGAACAUGAGGAGGAACCCGGCCACCACUUGGAGCCAUGGUCGGAUUCCUAUGUCCGGUGGGUGUAGAACAUGUGAGCUUUCAUCUUCCUUUUGAGUCAAGAAAUCGACGACACUUGAUCGGAUUCGCUUCGACUGAGAUUGUUGCUGACGGCUUUCGAGAUCCACUGGUCGCUUGAAUCAGUAUAACCUUGGAGAACCCAAAGAAGAUCACAGGCGAUCUCAAAUACGCCGAGGAGGGUGACUCAACAGAUCGUCGUACCUUGUUCUUCCUUGACAGGCACCUGCAUCCUGACUCCCACGGGCAAGACGAGACGAAUAUAUAGAUAACGGGGGAUCUCCGCAAAAGUCUCUCGCCGCUCGCUCCAAAGGACUAAUCUAAGGGCACCCACGCAUGUAGGGCAGGGCACGAAAGCGGCUGGUCGUUGCGACUAGUCACGGUCGCGAAUCACGAUUUGGGAGUACUCGACCGCAUGAGCAUUUGCGUGAUAAAUUGAUGAACUGCGAUCCUCCUACCUUGAUACCAAGCGAAAACAGAAACGUCAAGUGGGAGAAGAGGCAGAAGUCUACGUCAAGUCAUCUCUGGGCAUUGGUGAUGUCCGGAGUCAUCACCGACUACUACCUCGUCAGAAUUUGGAGAAGAGGUUCCGCCAAUGUUCAACUCCGAGACGGAUCAGACGGCAAGUUCUCAUCAAGAAAGCGUCAGAGUCGUGUGCGGGGGGAGGGGGGACGUCGGGGGUUGAAUGGAUCGAAUGCGGGACCGUCCGUGAAUAAGAAGAGACCCUUGAGAGAUAACCGUACGCAUUUGCUUGGGACUUGAGAGAGGGUUUCGAUUGUUGUGCUUGCUGAUCCAAGCGUAAAGAAUGGCAUCUUGGAGCAAGAUUCAUGAUGCAUGAGGGAAGAGGGACUCAUGCCUGUCCUGGAGGCAUGGAACUUUUCCCCAAUGAAUGCGACGAGUUCCCCAAACCGCCCGACCGGCUACUAAGCUGUCCUUUGGGCUUACCUUUCCCUUUGGUGAGGGAAGAGAGCGGUGAUCACCGCUGGGGUACGUUGGCCAAGAAGAUCGACCUUGGGUGCUAUUGACGAGAAUUUCUUUGGUAUCGAGUCGCACAGAAACAUCAUGUUCUGAAGGGGUGAUCAGAUAGCUGAACACGAGGCUGAGAAUAAGAUAUAGAAUGAGGGUUUGAAUAUAGAUAUAGUAUCAUGUUUAUAUAUAUGCCAUGGCCCCUGGCGAGUCAGG